AUGGCAUCAUAUCUGACCGGCAGCGAGGCCUUCGCCCAGGAGAAGAAGUUCACAGCCGACGCAAACACAUCCACAGCAGCCUGGUCUGAUAAGUACCGCGGUGCCACAAUCGAAGACCUCGACCCACCCCCAGCGCUCUCAAUCUCGUCCAAUGACCCAAUUUCCUCCGCCAUGAUGGCCGCCUACGAGCGCGAUUACACCCACUUGACUGUCAUCUCCUCGUCCAAGCGUUCACUUCUCGGCUACCUCAGCAUCCCACGACUAAAGGAGCUGCUGCAGAGCGGGGCUGUGAAAGAGAGCGACCCGGUGUCAGCGGCGAUGCAGCGGUUCAAUCGUCGACGCGGUAUUUACCAGGUUAUCACAAUGGAGACGCCGCUCGAGGAGUUGGAGCGGUUCUUUGAGAGUGAGACGGGACCGAAUGGCGAGAAGCGCGAGAAGCAGCAAUUUGCUGUCGUUACUGAUGUCGCGCGGAAAUUCGUUCUUGGUGUCGCUACUAAGCAGGAUUUGGAGGAGUUCGUUAAGCGCAGACCUACCUAG